ACAAAGAGCGGAUUCUCUUUACAUAGAGUAGGAUUUUGGGGGAAUUCAUGCAAAAAUUUGCAUUGAUUGACAUCCAAGAAUUUUGGAAACUCUUGUGAGACCUAGCAACCUCUUACGAACACUUCCGCGCAGAAAAAGAAGUGCACCGACAGUUCAGAAAUUUUGUGGUCAGACAGUCCUUUAUGAAUAGUUCAACAGAAGCAAACCCUUGACAAAAAUGUUUUAUGAGUCACAAAAAGCAUAAUAGUGCUUUAGUUGCAAUAUGAAAGUAAUUGGAAACUUGGGAUUUUUUCGUCUGAAAGUAGGCGGAUCGUGCCGAUUCUGACGGUUGCUGCCGAACUCCGCCGUGAAGUCAAGAAUUGCAGGAAGAUGGUCACAAAGUCCUGCUAAACUUCUAUGAAAGAUUUUUUAAAGAACGAUAGAUUGGUGACGGAAGAGCCAAGUUGUUAGGACAGUCCCUAUCUGUGGGACCAAGGGGACGGAGUUAGGAGAUAUGAGACCACGGGAUGUGAUUUUAUUCUUGGUGGUUCUAGGAAUCACUUUGGAUCUAUCUCUUGGAGCCGCCUGCAAGGGCUGUAGCUCUACAGUAUGUUUGUGUGCUGGACAAAAGGGAGUCAGGGGAGCACCUGGUUUACCUGGAUUGAGAGGCUCCCAAGGGUUACCUGGAUUCAUAGGACGUGAGGGUCCACAGGGAGUACCAGGUUUGAAGGGUGACAGAGGAGAGCCUGGGGGUCGUGGUGAGAGAGGGAAUAGGGGUGACAUGGGUCCUCAAGGAAUGAAUGGUGUACCAGGUGUCCCUGGUUAUGAAGGUUUAGAGGGACCUGUGGGUCCACAGGGUUACCCCGGAUGUAAUGGGACAAAGGGACAAAAGGGUAACCCAGGAGUUGAUGGACUGCCAGGAAAUCGGGGGCCCCAGGGUGUACCAGGUUUACCUGGACCCAAGGGAAAUCCUGGAGAUGGAUUUUAUGGAUUUGGUCCAAAAGGUGAUCCGGGUAAUCCAGGACGAAGGGGUCCUAGUGGUGAUCCUGGCAUUCCAGGUCGACCUGGACUCCCUGGCCCUUUUGGCCCUCUAGGUCCUCGGGGGCCGACUGGAAUUCCAGGAGGUAAAGGGCCAAAGGGAAGCAUGGGAGACCAAGGUAGAAAUCCCCCCAAAGGUGAAAAGGGAGAGGUAGGAUUACCUGGUCUCAAAGGUCCUAAAGGCUCCAUCACAACUUUACCAGGAAACAAACCAGACGAGAUUCUGAUGGGAGAAAAGGGGUAUCGGGGAGACCCAGGUGAGGGAGGAAGACCUGGAAGACCCGGAUUUAAUGGAAUGAGUGGUGAUCCAGGAUUUCCAGGUUUGCCAGGUGAUAAAGGGCCUUUUGGGAUGCCUGGAAUGCAAGGAAUGAGGGGCAAGAGAGGUAAGGACGGCCCACCAGGACCCUAUGGUUUGAAAGGAGAACAGGGAGAAAAGGGGAGACAAGGAUAUAAUGGAUUACCAGGAGAAACAGGCAGAACUGGAGACCCUGGUUUUCAGGGGAUGAGGGGUGACCUUGGAGAUCCGGGUCCAGAAGGAGAUCCAGAUGGUGGGGGUCAAGGUCGUCCUGGACCCAGAGGUCGACCUGGUGACCCUGGCCCACAAGGUCUUCCAGGAUUCCCGGGAAAUGAUGGUCCAGAUGGUCAAAUGGGACGUGAUGGUCCACCUGGUCUACCUGGGCCUGAUGGGAUACCUGGGAGGAGAGGACCUGUUGGAUUCUCCUAUCCAGGAGACAAGGGAGACCAAGGUGGCUUUGGUCUUGAUGGAGUGCCUGGAUUGCCUGGAAUACCUGGAUUAAAAGGAGUGCCAGGAGAUUUGGGACCACCUGGAGAAACAGUUCAAGGAUACCCCGGUGAACAGGGCCGAGUAGGAAGACCUGGUCUCGAUGGACUUCCUGGUACUAGGGGAGAACCUGGUCCUGAGGGAUUCCCUGGAAUCCCUGGAGAUGGUCUGGAUGUUACUGGUCCAAGAGGUCCUUCAGGAUUUCCCGGAGAGGAGGGAGAUCCAGGAAUCUCUGGAGAGGAUGGGCGUGAUGGAAUCCCAGGAGAAAGAGGUAGAAGAGGUGAAGACUGUGGAGUUUGCCCUGGGGGUGAGCCCGGUUUUAGGGGAGAUCCAGGCGAUCCUGGUUUCGAUGGACUUCCUGGACGACCAGGUCAACCAGGUUUCCCAGGACAACCAGGAGAACCAGGAGAAGGGGGCAUACCUGGAAUAGCUGGUCAAAAGGGCAUACCGGGUCCAGAUGGUUUUCCUGGAGAAGUUGGUAGGGUUGGACCUAAAGGUGAGCCUGGGGAUUUGGAAGUCCCCUCCACCCUAAGAAUGAAGGGGAAGCCUGGUGAGCAGGGACCAAGGGGACCAGUUGGCAGAGCAGGAUCACCAGGACCCGGUGGCCCCCGCGGACCCCCAGGUUUCUCUGGGAUACCUGGAGAAAGGGGUAUGGUUGGAGACCCAGGUUUAGAGGGCUUAGAUGGCUUGCCUGGACUACAAGGGGAAGAUGGCCUGCCUGGUGAAUUUGGAGAUUCCAUUCCUGGAGAAGUUGGACGCUCUGGACCUAAAGGAUUUCCUGGACUGGAUGGUUAUGAGGGGCCACCUGGAUUAAAAGGAGACAAAGGUGAACCCUCCAGAAUCAACAUUCCCCCAGGAAAGAAGGGAGAGCCUGGAGUUAUGGGAAUUCCAGGACAGGACGGCCGGGAUGGAUUCUCAGGAUUACCAGGAAUGAAAGGGGAGCCCGGCCUUGUUGGUAUACCUGGUGAAGUCGGACGAGUUGGGAUGAAAGGAGAGAGUGGUCGACGAGGAAUUCCUGGUGAGAGGGGCCGUGUGGGUAUCAAGGGAUUCCCUGGAGUGCCAGGGUUUGCAGGACUACCUGGUCUACCUGGCCAAGCAGGUGUUCCAGGUGAAUCAGGUGUGGUGGGACUGCCAGGGUUACCGGGAGAUCAAGGUAUUCCUGGACUGGAUGCACCUCCUGUCGAACUUCUGAAGGGGGAGCAGGGAGAACCAGGCUUCCCUGGCAGGGAGGGAGAAAGGGGUUUCCCUGGAGAAAUUGGCCGUGUAGGAAGACCUGGAUAUGAUGGGCAAAAGGGAAUGAGAGGUGAGAGUGGUCCCUAUGGAGCGCCUGGAUUCCCUGGAUUAAAAGGAGAGCAGGGAGGUGUUAUUUUUGGAUUUCCUGGACCCAAAGGAUUCAGAGGACAAGAUGGCAUCCCAGGAGAGAGUGGUUUAGUUGGUGCACCUGGAGACCCAGGGUUGCCAGGGUUACCAGGAAGAGAUGGAUUAAAGGGUGAGAGGGGUAUACCUGGAGGAGAUGGAUUGGAUGGAGUUCCGGGUCGUGAGGGACAACCGGGAGAGCCAGGAUUAAAUGGAUUGCCGGGUUUUGAUGGACUACCUGGAAUGAAGGGAGAAACUGGAUUCCAAGGAAGAACCGGGGAACCAGGUCUGCCUGGACAACCAGGAAUACCAGGAGUAAAAGGAGAAAGGGGAGAACCUGGACUUCCCGGAUUUCCAGGAGAGUUUGGACGUCCAGGGCUAAAUGGAGAACCCGGAGAGGUGGGAUUCCCAGGGGUUGAAGGUGACAGAGGUCAACCUGGUCUGCCAGGGUUACCUGGAAUCACAGGAGACAAUGGAUUUCCAGGUGAAGAUGGGACAGUUGGAAGGCCUGGACAAAAUGGACUGCCUGGGCUGAAGGGAGAACGUGGAGAAGUGGGGAUAUCCAUCCCAGGAGAACGAGGACGAAAUGGAUUACCAGGGUCAGAUGGCUUCCCAGGGCUGAACGGAAUGAAGGGUGAGGUAGGAGAGCGAGGACUGGGAGGAAUUCCAGGGCUGGAUGGGGAGAGAGGUGUCAUUGGAUUACCAGGGAUUCCAGGUGAGCAGGGAAGAACUGGACUACCUGGAUUCAAAGGAGAAAGUGGAGAAGAAGGACCUCCGGGUUUAAAUGGGUUACCAGGAGAGAGGGGUGUUACUGGUUUGCCUGGAGCUGAUGGAUUCCCUGGUCUCCACGGAGAGCCUGGUCUGUUUGGAAUCCCAGGAGAACAAGGUUUGACAGGUGCCCCAGGAGAACGGGGAUUUGAUGGAGCUCCGGGACGUCCAGGUUUGAAUGGACCUAAGGGAGCUGAAGGAGAGGAGGGGCAGAAUGGACUGCCUGGAUUUCCAGGAAUGAGAGGAGAGGAUGGUCUGUUUGGACUCGAAGGACUUCGGGGAGAGUCUGGGGUUCCUGGAGAGGAGGGAAGAGUGGGAAGACCUGGUAGAAAGGGACAACCUGGUGAAUUUGGAUUUAUUGGUCGUCCUGGACUUCCUGGAGAAGAUGCCUUUGGUCUUGUUGGUGAACCAGGUGAACCGGGCCUGCCCGGAACACCAGGUCUUCCCGGUGACAAAGGCUUCCCUGGAGACAAUGGACUCCCAGGAUUCCCAGGACUUAAAGGAAUGAGGGGAGAGGAUCAAUUUGGUUUCCCAGGAUUCAAGGGUGAAAGAGGAGAGGAUGGGUUCCCUGGAGAACGAGGUCGUGUUGGACAAAAGGGAUUUCCUGGUAACCCAGGAUUAAGUGGACUUCCAGGACAAAAGGGAGACCGGGGAUUCCCAGGAUUCCCUGGAGAAGAAGGAACUGUGGGAGACAGGGGAUUUAUUGGAUUCAAGGGAGAGGCUGGUUUGGAUGGUUUUCCAGGAGAAAAAGGACCAACAGGAGAUGUAGGUUUUCCUGGAGAAAUUGGACGUAGGGGUUUACCAGGUGAUAGAGGAUUUAAUGGACCUCUAGGACCAAAAGGAGAAAGAGGAGAACCAGGACUUACUGGACCACCGGGAGAUCCGGGAAAUGCUCCAUUUAUCGAACCUCUACCUUGGCAAAAGGGGGACAAAGGAAGUCAGGGUCGUGAUGGAAACCCAGGACUUGAUGGGUUGAUUGGGGAAAGAGGAGAUGAGGGCAGGCGAGGAAUGACAGGGGAAUCUGGGCGCAAUGGAGAUGUGGGUGAACCUGGAAGUAAAGGGCCUCAGGGAAUCGAUGGACUUAAUGGCAUUCCCGGAGAGCGGGGUCGCCAAGGAGCACCAGGACAAAAGGGAUUCCCUGGAAUUCCUGGUAUUGCUGGGUCUACAGGGGAAGGAUAUGGACUCUACUUUGCCAGACAUAGCCAGACCACGGUGGUGCCUCAGUGUCCAACUGGAACAGUUAAACUCUGGGAUGGCUAUUCCCUGGUUCAUAUCAUUGGCAAUGGCAGGAGCCAUGGACAGGAUCUCGGUACCUCUGGUAGCUGUCUGAGAAGAUUCAGCACGAUGCCUUUCAUGUUUUGUAACAUCAAUAAUGUCUGUAACGUGGCCUGGAGAAAUGACUACAGUUACUGGUUAUCUACACGAGAACCCAUGCUGCCGAUGAUGAAUCCCAUCACAGGCUCCACGCUACAGAGGUAUAUCAGCCGCUGCUCAGUUUGUGAAGCCAUCUCCGAGGUUGUAGCAGUUCACAGUCAGGCUACUACUAUUCCUAACUGUCCCAGUGGAUUCCGCAGUUUAUGGACAGGCUACAGCUUCAUGAUGUCAUCUGGAGCCGGAGGACAGGGUGCUGGCCAGUCAUUAGAGUCACCCGGAUCUUGUCUGGAAGACUUCCGAGCCACACCAUUCAUUGAAUGCCACGGCAAUGGGCGAUGCAACCAUUAUGCCACUUCUUUCAGCUUCUGGAUGGCUACACUGACAUCAUUUGAUGAGUUCCGCACUCCGCGACCAGAGACAUUGAAAGCUGGCAAUCAGGAAUCUAGAAUCAGUCGUUGCCGAGUGUGUACACGCCAGUAAUGAACAAAAUACUCACUGUCCUUUCAGCAGUAUUAAAGUCACCGAGUCCAGGUGAAGCAAGACUUUGCAGCAGUUCUUUAUCUUUUAUUUUUGUUUGUUACAGAACAAAUUGCUUUUUACUGAAUUAUAAGUGGAGGUAUAUAUGAUGUAUGUAUUUUGAGCUUGUAAAUGAUUCUGAAUUAUCUCUGUCUUGUCUUCCAUGUUCAGUUUUAAGUCUCGUUUCAGUGUCUGUCUGAUUUCACAUGGUGCUAUGAAGGAAUGUAGAUAUUUCUUGCUCAAAUUGAGAAAUAAUUAACAUGUACAUUGUGCCUUAUAUAUAGUACCAUAGAGAUUUGUACUUAUGGCUUUUUAAAUAAGAUUUCAUGUGUUAUUAUUAUCACCUGUGUUUGGUUUGUAAUAUGACAAGGUUAAUACUCAGUUUGGCUGCCUUGAAGAGAUUCAUGAGUUCUCAUCUGUACAUAGCCAUGACUCAGAGGUGUGAUUGAACAAAUGACUGAAAUGAACUGAGAGCUAAGUCUGAGAGUUAUGUGGAGACAGAGCUGUUCCCAUGAAUACCUUCAUUGCAGCUGAUAUAAAACAUGUCCCAUGUUUAUAUAGAAAUAUUUUUAUUAGUAUGUAGGUUUUCAUGAUUUAUAAUUUUACAAUAUCUUGAGAUUAUGCUUUGAUUUUAAUUAAUAAAUUUUAAGUUUUUUUCACAGAAUUCAUACUGUAAUUAAGAUUUUAAGUGAUCCACCACAAACCUACUUUGUGCAAUAAAAUAGAAAGUGAAAAAAAAUGUUAACAUAUGCUUUGAAAUAAAGUUAAUGACUAAAAUAAAAGAA